GGUCGACCACGUGGUCGCGAAGAUUUCCAAAUCGCCAUCAUCUGCUCAUUACCACUCGAGUACGAUGUAGUUUCUUUGCUCUUCGACCAAUUUUGGGACGAAGAUGGGUUGUAUGGCCGCGCACGCGGCGAUGUGAACACGUACACAACCGGCCGCAUGGGGAAACACGAUGUAGUGCUGGUACUGCUUCCUAAUAUGGGCACCGUUGCUGCGGCUGGAGCAGCAGCAAGCUUCCGGUCGAGCUACCCCAGCCUACAGCUCGCAUUUCUCGUCGGUAUCUGCGGCGGUGUGCCUUUUGAUGGAGAAAACGAGCUCCAUCUAGGUGAUGUUGUUAUCAGUAAAUCCGCUGUUCAGUAUGAUCUGGGCAGCCAAUAUCACAAGUCGUUUGUGAUCAAAGAUACCGUCGAUGAUAGCCUCGGCCGACCAAAUAAGAACAUUCGCAGCUUAGUCAAAAGCUUUGAGACCGAUCAUGUGAGGGACCAGUUGCAGCAAAAGGCAUGCUUAUUCUUAAAAGAUCUACAAAAAGCAGCUGCAAAGAAACGACGACGACACAACUACCAGUAUCCCGGCAUUACUAAUGACAAACUCUUUAUAGCAACAUAUCGACAUAACCAUAGAGGCAAACAACCAUGUAAUGUCUGUGAUAAUCAGACUGAUAGCUUCUGCGACAGGGCUGCCCGGGUAUCUUGUGCUGAACUUGGCUGCGAUGAGAGCCAACUAGUGAGUAGAAUGGACUUGGAGAUGAGAGAUCCAACCGGACAGCCCGAAAUCUUUGUUGGGCGAAUAGCCUCUGGGAAUAUGGUGAUGAAAUCUGGCGAGCAUCGAGAUAAGAUUGCCAAGGAACAAAAUGUGAUUGCGCUUGAGAUGGAGGGAGCAGGUGUCUGGGAUGAGAUUCCUUGCAUCAUCGUGAAGGGGGUGUGUGACUAUGCUGACAGCCACAGAAAUGACUUGUGGCAGCGAUAUGCUGCGGCAACGGCUGCUUCGGUCAUGAAGGCUGUACUUGGACGAUACACUAUGACGGAUAGAUGA